GUGAAACACAUCUGGCGGAGACAGAAGAGCGACCUAGAGCGAAUAGCGGAUAUUUUCUUAGUGUUCUAUUAACUAAGCUUUUUCAGCGGAAAGGCAACUGAUGUGAUGAAAACCUGAAGAUGCUUUGAUUAUCUACGCAAAGUAGAUUAGACCUACUUCUAAGAACCUUCUACAAAUUUUAACCUCCAACACUUUUUGGAUAAGGGCUAUUUGCUGAUCAAUGGGGAGUUUUCCUGGUCAUGCGCUCCCUGGGAGUUUCUUCCUGUUUUGGGGACUGUGGUGGGGGAUGAAGUCCUCACUUUGGCAUUUGACACGGAGGAACAAGAGCACAGGAUCAACUCGCCUUCCAUCCAGAGCGGCCCAAAGAAGACUGGAGAUCAUAGAGAGCUCUGCUAUAGUAUUCUGUUCUACUGUUGGGAUUUUAGUAGAGCAGUUUGCCGCGAAUGGCCCAAAGCUGCAGUUGUAUGACGUCUCAGAAAACCACUGGAAGGACUUGAUGAACUGGCAGCACUCCACUAUGUACUUGCUUUUUGGUUUGGCAGGGGCAGUGUCUCUGAUUGUCCACACCACUGCAGCCGCUCCUCUCCCUUUGGAUAGACUCAUGCUAUGCGUGGCUUUCUUUAAUGAAGGAUUUCUUUUCCUCUACCAUCUACACGGCAGAGCUAUGCUGGAUGUCAUGGUGCAUCAGCUUUUGCUUUAUGCCAUUUUUGGACAGGCUCUAAUUGCAUUUCUGGAGGUUUUCCACCGAGGAAAUGUCAUCCUUGAACUUAUGCGAUCCGCUCUCACCAUCCUACAAGGGAGCUGGUUCUGGCAGAUUGGAUUUGUCCUGUAUCCUCCCCGGGGGCCACAAUGGGACCUGAAGGACCACAGCAAUGUGAUGUUUGUGGUCAUGUGUUUCUCCUGGCACCUGAUGUUUGCGCUGCUCUUUACCGGAUUGGUCUAUAGCAUUGUUAGCUGUGUCGUUCGGGUCAGACUAAAGCGGACUCCCCCUAUGGAAAUGGGACUUCUAGCCAAACCCAGAGAACGAGAUCCAGAGUCAGAGGAUGAAGCUUUCUGAUGAGAUUGUUUUUGUUGAAUAUAUUUUGAAGCUCAGUACAAAAAUAGACCUUUGUGGUGUGGUACAAAAAAACAACUAUUAUAAUUUCUUUUAUUUAAGAUGUGUCUCUUCCUCUGUCAUCUUUCUUUGUUCAAUAUAAUGUUACCCCC